AUGACCAAUGCUUCACCACACAACACCAAGAGAACUGGUCAUUGGGUCAACCUAGCCAAACUCCCCCAUCAUCGUCAGGAGCAUGGCACCGUUCCAAUCGAUGACAACACGAUCGCUCUCAUCGGUGGUGUCUUCCGCCUUGGCGACGGAGACGUACAAGAAGGUCUCCUAACAACGGAUGUGGUAGAGGUGUACGACAUACCUUCUGAUACCUGGAAAACAAAGGCUCCGACUCCGUACAAAGUUAACCACCCCAAUGUUGCAACUGUAAACGGAAAAAUUUACCUCCUUGGAGGACUUGUCGAUGCACAGGAUCCCCCCUUGCCCUAUCCAGAUUGGAUUCCUUCCGGAGAGUGCCACGUUUAUGAUACCGUAAAAGAUGUAUGGAGCCCAUUGGAGCCCAUGGAGAAGGGAACAGAGAGGGGCAGUGCCAUACUAGGUGUGCAUGGAGAGAUGAUUUAUGUCGCUGGCGGAAUGACUUUUCUUAUUCCCGAUGAUCAGGACUCUCUUACCACUGUCACCGCAUUUAAUACCACCUCUGGAAAAUGGCAAAAACUGCCGGAUAUUGCAUCGAAUAUACCAGAAGGUCGUCAACACGGUGUUGGGGCUGUCGUUGGGCAUAACUUCUACGUCGUUGGUGGGAGAUAUAUGAAGAAACAGAAUGUCCGCGGUACAGUCUUCAUCCUUGAUCUAAAUAACCAACAAGCUGGAUGGAAAAUAAGCGAAGGGGAAAUGCCAGUACCUCGGGGUGGUUUAUCUGGAGCUGUGCUUGGAAAGAAGUUCUACACCUUUGGUGGCGAGGCCAACCCUAACGCUACGGACGGGAUCUUUAAUGAGACCGAAGUAUUCGAUAUAACGACAGAGAAAUGGUCUCAGAAAAAGGCUAUGGCGGUUCCUCGUCACGGUUUAAGCGCUGUUGCUAUAGGAAAUAAAGUUUAUCUUCCAGGUGGUGGCCUUCAGGAAGAUGGAUUGUCGGUUUGGGUCGACGGUAAGGAACAUCUUCUUCGAACUACGGAUCAUUUUGAUGCGUAUGUUGUGUAA